GUGGCCGCUGUGGUGGCUGGAUAGCUGGCGAGAGGUGGGCGAGGGUGCGUCAGACAUGUUGCAAGAGUAAUCGAUACUGUUGUGAUGUUUCCUUGAUGUUGGGUUUACUCGUUCAGGCUGUUACUGAAAUUCCUCGUGUCGCCGGGGUCAUGUGAAGCUGCCAUGGUCUUCUGUGGCUGCCGCCUGAUUCCGAACACCCGCACCUCGAAUCAUGACCUUCAUGCUAAAGAAGAAAAAGUACAAGUUUCAGGUUGACAUUCGCAUCGAAGAGCUGACCGCUGUGCCAUUCGUCAAUGCAAUCCUGUUUGCUAAGAUCCGUCUCCUCGACGGGGGAAACUUCUCGGAGACGUCGUCGAGGGAGGAGGUUUGCAACCAUUGCGUGAAAUGGGACUCCAAGUUUGUUUUCACAUGCAAGAUGAGCGCCAACGCCAACACUGGGGAGUUGGACCCCUGUAUCUGCCGAAUUUCCAUCAGGAAAGAGGUCAAGGGAGGCAGGUCCUUCCAGAAGCUGGGCUUUGCAGACCUCAACCUGGUGGAGUUUGCUGGUGCGGGUCUCUGCUCACGGCGCUACUUGCUCGAGGGUUACGAUGCCAAGCACCGGCAAGACAACUCUAUCCUGCAGUUGUCACUUAGCAUGACACUCCUCUCUGGAGAUCCUUGCUUCAAGGCUCCCACACUGCUGCCAUGCCCUGCACCCAGUGAGCAGCAGCCCAAUGAGCUGCACGUAGCGGCUCCCAAGGUGGAUGACCACAGUGGUAGCAGCAUUGCAAGCAGCAGCAGUGGCUUUGGCAGCCUGCCUCGUAAGCAGCGGCCUACCAUUGGCAAUACAUCUGCAGAAGGGGGCAAUGGUGGCAUGGGGUGCCCAGAGCCAAGCGAGCCCAGGCGGGAGGAGGACUUUGAACAAUGCCACUCGCGCAAUUCGAGCUAUCACAGCCAACAUUCUCGUGGCUCUGGCUAUGGCAGUCUUCAAUCGCACUCAAGACAUGGUAGCUCCGAGUCUGGACAUGUCAGGAACCUGAGCUCUGGUUCGAGCUAUAGUGACACAUUCCCAGGAUCCUUGAAACCUCCAGAUCGAAAGCGCCCCAUCAGCAAGGUACAGAACUUGCUUUAUAAACAGAUCACUGAGGAACAUCGCAUGGACUCAACACGUGUCAAUGCUGACCAGCUCAUAGAGGAUCUCAUCCGCGACACAAACCUCGAGGCAGAGCCUACCGAGGGCCAGGGGUUGCAGCUCUUCAUAGGAAAAGAUGGAGUACCGGCUCUCAAGACUGGCACUUCGAGCAGCCUCAAAACCACCACAUCUUGUGAUUGAGCUCUCUUUGUGCAGCAGCCUUCUCCACCCCUGUGUGAGCUGUUGUACAUCUUUCAAUGUCUUCAUUCUUGCUCACUUUUAUUGACCCCUCCUUUUCCCCUCCUCCUUCAUACUUGUCAAACCUGCCUUGUUACUUUUCCGCUUAACACUGUGCCUCUCUGGACUUAGUUGGGAAAACUUUCUUCGUUUCUUUCUCUUUCUGUGUAUGCAUUUGUGGAAUUGGGUCAUCUUUCAAGUACUGUUGGCUUGUUUUACCUGCAACCACCACUGCGAACUUCGCUUAUUUCCAACCUGGCAGCAGAUCCAAACUCAGAAAUAUAGUUGAAAUGUGACUCCACUACUGCUAAUGAUGCACGAUUCCCAGGGCUGCUUUUAGGUGCUUUUUUUAUGCACGUAAGCAGGAGCAGUAUGGGCUAUGUGCCCUUCUUCACUAGUGACCCUUUUGCAAUUUCCUCCUUUAUACUUUUUAAGUGGGUUGUCUUGUUCUCCUGCACACAUCUUGGGAUGUUCUUUGUUUUCCUAUACCCUUUUAUUAAGAGCUUUAUUGGCUUCACAACUGCAAGCACAGCUGGCAGCACAUCCCAGCUGUAUGCCAUGACAUUGCAGGAUGUGACAAGUUAACUAGUAACGAGUUUAUUUUUUGAGGUACAGUGAGAGUUUGAAAUUUCUAAAAAAAUUUUAUGUGUAUGUUCAAGAAGCUGCUUCAAUCUUAUACUGCAAGGAAAAAGAAAAUUGAAACAUAAUUUUUAAACAUCAAGGUAACUGAAAUGUUCCUGAUGUAUUAUGUAAGUGCUCUGUAGCAACAUGAAUAAAUUUAGCAUAAUCAUUUUCAUAACUAUAUGUAGCAUCUUGCUCUGUUUCUGCUCCUGACAUUUGUGUCAAAAGUGCCUGUGCCAAUGGACAGUGUCACCACCUGAUCUUCAGUAUUUGUCACUGCAGCAGCUGAUAAAAAUGAUGUGAAAUUGUAGCAGGUUAAUAAUAUCAGCAGCAUAGUUAAAUUCACUAUUGUUCUUCUUUGUACAUUCAUAGGAUCACUUUACCAUCCAACAAAAUGUUUGGAAAAAAGAUUACAUCCUUAGUGUAGGGGAUCUGAAAUUUAGUGAAAUAAGUAGUCAAUAUUGAUAUUUUUUAACCCUUUUCUCAUGUAUUUUUCCUGGAGACUUGUAUGUAUAAGGUUGAAGGUGCUGAAGUCAUUGUACACUUUUGUGAUCAGUUUAAUGUUGCACAUAAGCAAACCAGCUGCAACACUUCUGAAUAUUUCAGUAUGUCCCUGAGACUUCUGUACAUGCAGACUAAAAGACUGAAAGCUUUUCUUGUGAGAUACAAGGUAGUGGGUGGAAGCUUUUUAUCAGCAGAUAUAGGCUGAUGAAUUUACACAUCGCACAUGCUGUGCUGAUCACAUUGCUAUGCACUCUUGUGGAAACUAUAUUUUUUCCCUCGGGCUGGAGUUCUCUUUCUUUAUUUCCAAGUUUUCUGUUAUCAUUUCUGCUCUUUUUAUCAAUUCAGCUUCGGAGAGCAACAUACUGUUCUCUAGUGACAGAAUUCUAAGUGGUGUUUAGCAAGUUUUGGAAGUGGUGUUUUAUGACUGCUUUGAGCAUGCUCCUUGUUUUCCUCUUUGCCUCUUUUUGUUGGGCUUUUAACUUGAGUGAGAAUGGAAUGUCUUGUCACUGUUGUUUGUUCCAAACCCCUGCAAAGACGAGCGGCUAAAAAGCAGGUAUGCUGUUCAGAAAUCUCUGUUUCAUUGCAGUCACCCUAGGUUAUGGCUCUUCAGUUCGAACUAUAUCUUCAUCUUGCACCCUAUUCUACCUGCUAAAUGUUCUUUUAGUGUCUGCCCAACCUGCGAAAAUUCUUUUCUGGCUCCUCUUCAUCUUUGUCUUUUUUUUUUUAACAUUGGGCCACUGGGACUUUCAUCAAGUAGAUUUCCCAUGACAGUUACCAUUACAAUUAGCUCACAUGCUUGUGCAUUCUACAAAAUGUUCUAAGAAAGGAAGUGUGCAGGAUGUGUCAUUUUCCCAGUGCUGUUCUAACCAGCCAUUGUUUUCCCAUUAUGUUACUGUUUGUUUCUCUCUUCUCUUGCCUUGGGCUACUGUAUUUUGUGAAAAUAUGAGAAUUUGCAUGUGUAUUAUGCUUCAAUUUGCAUGGUACACAGCUUAUAUAUAAUGCGGUGAAAAACAGUGUUGAAUGAAAGACUUUGAACGCAUGGACCAAGUGCUGUUAGAAUGAAUGAGUGUCUUUCUUGCAUAUAUGCCUGCUUAAUGGCAUAUCUGUGUGUGUGUGUGUGUGUGUGUGUGUGUGUGUGUGUGUGUGUGUGUGUGUGUGUGUGUGUGUGUGUGUGUGUGUGUGUGUGUGUGUGUAAAAUUUCACUGAAUGUAUGUGUCUUCUCAAGUUAUACCUUCUUCAGUGUUCUGCAUGCUCUGUGCUUGUUCUCGGUAUGCACUAUGCUGCUUACUAAUGCUUGCCUAUCUUCUUCAAGAACUGCGUUCUUCUGUGUUUCGCUGCUUAGCUCUCACUUUAGUGUGGCUGUGAACAUCUCCUUCAUGGAAUGAAUGUGCUUUCUCCUCAUUUUUGGCAAUCUUCUUCUUUUCUCUUUUAUAUAACUUUUGCUUUGCUCACUUGUUGAGACCAAAUGUGUGCCUUCAAGUUGCUUUAUAUGAAUGCUUUAGAAUGGUUGUUAUUGAAUGGAAAGGCAUCCUGAGCCAUCUUCUCACAUCUGCCCAGUGAGCUCGUGGUGGAGUUUUUUUUUUAUAUAUGAGGCAGUUUUCUUAUUUUGUCGCUGUGCUUCUCUCUUUAAAAAGGGACAUAUUUGUAAGAGUCUGUUUUGUGUAGGGUAUUUAUAGAAUUUCCAGUAGUGUGGAUGUUGAAUAUUGUCGUUAUUGUGCUUUAGACAUUGGUUUAUGCUGGCAUGCUAGCAGGAAUGGGCUGGCUAAUUAAAUGUGUAUCUAGAGAACAUUUUCAUUUCAUGACCACCAGCAUGGUGAUAAAAAUGAAAGCUCUGGGAAAUUGUGUUCUAAAGAUUAAUCUCAAUCCUUGAACAUGAGAAGGUUAGCUAUUGCAAUCCUGAAAGAGAGACUACUGUUGGCUGAAAUUUGUUCUUUGUGCUUAAAGAUAUGCAAAAUCGAGGUAACAAGACUUGGGUGUCCUGCAUCUUUUUUUUUUUUUUUUUUUAAUUCCCCAUUAUUAUUCAGACAUAUUGGAGACUUUGAGAUGGUGCGCAGUUUUUGCACUAUCCUGGACCAGUAUAAUGUAACUCUAUUCUUGUCGUUUUUAUUCCAAAUUCGCUGUCAGGCUUCUCUGAUUGGUUGAAUUGGUCAGAAAUAUCCAGGCCUCGCCCAUUUUGCCUACUGAACAAGUGGCGACCGGAAACUACAAAAACCGCUGAUGCCAAUUGGCAAGUACGCAAAGGUUAUGCUAUUUUAUGCAGGACAAUCUUGAAGAUCUGUGGACCAGCUAGCAAGUGCGCUUCUUCUGAAACUGAACAGAAAAUGGCAGCGAAUUCCAUCCUGAAAGAAAUUAAAUUACUUCACGGUUAUACCACCCUGUAAAAUGUAGUUGUUUGCAAAUAAAUUCAGUUUUGCUGCCAAAUAAAGGUACCCAGUGCCAGAACGACCAGCGGAUGGCCAUCGAACCAUACGGAGCGGGGCACUCUACAGCUACACUGAAAGAGUUUCUUUUGCUUGGCACAUUAUUCCGAUGGGGCAUUUUUGCGGAUUUUGUUGCAUCUCGUGACAGACAAGUGCAGUGGGCGUAGCCUGGGACCUUUUGACCAAUCGAGGAGAGCACUUGACAGAUAUGGAACGGCAAUGGAAUGGAAGAGUUGUACUACAUAGUGCCCCUUCUCUUGCAGAAGUAGGAAAAUAAAUGAUCAGGUGACCGCAUGACAAACACACCUUUGAUAGAAUAUUGCCAUGCGCUGGCAAUAUGAGUAAUGGGAGGUAAUUGUACUUUGUUUUAUUGCUGCAGGCACUCUAAUCUCUUGUUGUUGCUGCGGAGCGAACUGCAUUUUUGAAUAGGUCUCACCACCAUCUGGUUUCCCACAACCAGCAUAAUUUCAGCACAUGGUAGCAUUGCCUGCUUUAAAGUGACAUGCCAUUUCUUUAACCAUGUCUGAAGCAAGUAGUUCCUUUUUUCUUUUUUGCGUGUGUGUGUUUUUUGUCAUAAAUAACAAAUGUUUUUGUCGUCUUGAAAGAAGUGGAAUGUGUGUGCCACGAGUGAUGCUGAAAUGUAACUGAUGCUUACGUUUUUAAUUAGUGCGGGCUCUUUAGGGCACGGAGAAUGCCUGCUUUCUCAGGUUGUUUGGUUGAAGACUGAGGGGUGGAAAUGCAUAGGAAAUGCCAUGACUGUGUGAAAAACUUCAUUUUUAUUUGCUUUAUAUUAUAGAAUUUAAAUUGGCAGCAUUGCGGGCAUCUAAAAUGCUCCAGUGCAUUUGAUUUACAACUGUAUAUAUGUGAAGAUACAGGUCCAUGUGUGCUAUCGUUGAUCUUUGUAGUCAUCUACAAUAACUUUUUUUUUUUGAAAAAUUAUUAGCGAGCUGGCAGACUGAUUUUGGGAUUUUGGAAAUGGCCCUGUCGUUCCCCACCACACAGUGCAUUUUCUGGCAUUUCUUCCUCUCAUUAGCAGUUAGUAACUACCCUUGUCCUUGAACAGAGAGCAUCACUUGCAUGAUUUUGUGUAUGCAGAACUUUUUGAAGGAUAUAAUAAUUGUGCUAAAAUGGAAGCAUAGAGCCGGUCUUUUGCUUCCGUUUUGCCUUCCUCUUUCUUCCUGGCACCUUCUAUUGGAAUGCAUGUGACCUUGCUGUGACAUGAAUGUCGUGUGUGGACCACACAUUUGUCAGAUAGACACGCUAUGCUCAGCUCCUUACUUAUUAGUCAUAUGCCGUUAAAUAUUGCUGCAGAUUAACUUGUCUUGCAGUAUAUGUAGCCAGCUUUGUCGCAUUGGUGUUCUUUCAACAGAGCUGUAAGUUUGCACAUGCCAGUGGCUCAUUCCUGGGCCACUGGUAGCAACUUCGGAGUGGCACAGCAAUACUGCCCUGCAGGGACUGUCUGGUGUUUAUGACAUUCAAUGAGCAGCCAGCACAUUACACUCAGAAACUGGCACUAGGGACAGUAGAGUGGAGUUGUCAUAGAAUGAGCACAAAUCAAGCAAUGGCUAACUUAUGUGUUGAAGCUCAUUGGAUUAACCCUUUCAGAUCUAGCCAGCCAUUUCCCCACUUGAUCCUCCCACAAAUAUUUUAUUUUGCAGAAGUCAACUUUUACUUUUUGUAUCAAAAUCAACAGGUUAACUGCAUUUCAGAGGUAAUUCCCCCCUUUUUUGUUUGUUUGAUUUUUGUUUUGCAGCCUAUUUGAAUGCUUUUAGGCACUUAGUGGCAAUACUUUGUAGUGGGACUUUCAUAUUUGGUCAUAAACUGAUGUCUCGCACAUGCUUCCUACAGUGCCACUAAAAGUCAAGUUGAGUGUCACCCAUUUUAUUGUAUGUAUACAUAGUCAAUACCUUGGCAUAAUAUGUUUAGUUACCAACCUACUAUAUGCUGUCAGUUCAGAAAGGUUGCUGUGCUACUCCGAAGGUGGUCAGUAGUCCUUGUGUUAUGCAAACCACCAGCUUAAGAACCUGCAGUUUCUAGUCAUUCCCAUUGCACCUGUGUGUUAUAGUGUGGUUUGCCAAGGCAUGAAUGCUCUCUUGCUCUCUUCCCUCCCUUUUAUUUCCUUACCAGCAGCAAUUUGGCAAAACCACAUUUGUUUAAAAUGCUUCGUGAACAGAUUGUAAUGCAUUCUUGCACAAAGUUCUCAUCUAUGCCACGUGUUUUUCCAUAUAGUGAAAUAAUUCCAAUGUUUUUUAAUGUUUAGCAAUUGAGACUUGACACAGCUCUUUUUUUUUCUUACCUGUGUAAAUCUUGAGCAGCAUGCAUGAAGAUCUGGUACCAAGUAGGCCAUUUGUUUCCUCAAUAAUAUCCUAGUGGAGUUGUGUGCUUUGCUUUAGUUUUUUUACCAUUUCUAAAUUCCAGUAGUGUCGCAGAAAAUCAAGAAAUCAACUGCCGAAGUGUCUGAAAUGUCAGCUUUUGACAGCAGCCGAAAUAAUCAAGAUCCUUUUUAGCACCUCUUAUAAAAACUUCACAAUGUUAUAUAAUAAACUGCUGUAAUUUCUCCCAUCCUCUUUUUAAAAAUAGGGUUGUUUCUAUGUGUGAUGCUUGCUGGCAUUUUCAACUGAUCCGUAAUUAUGAGUGCACUCAUUGUUCACAUGUAACGUGAAAUUUUCGAAAUUUUAUUACAACAGUUGUAAUGUCCAAUGCUUUUUUUUUUUUCGUGGAACAAUGUGUUUAGGAUAUUUAGCCAUUACCAUUGCAUCAUAUUAAAAAUCGUUCUGUUUUUGCACGUCAGGGUCAUUGUAAGACUGGUGGUCAAGAAAAGUAAGGUGCAUUUUAUUGCCAUUGAAAACUGAAGAUUGCUGUAGUACAAAAGACAUUUUGGCAAAUGAAGGUAUUCAUAUGUGGAAAACAAGUGAAAUUAUUUACAUUUGUAGAUUUUUGCUUCUUUCUCUGCCCCCAGGUUUUUGUCACUUUGCCCCCCCCCCCCCUUUUUUUUUAAUGUGCAUGCCAAAUAAAUUUACAGAAUUCUCUCAUGUUGCGUUUUCACCGUUAGCGCUCAUGCAGCUUAAACCAAAGCAUGCCAGUGAGCACAGCAUUUUCUUUAGCACUUUUUGUUGUACGCUGAGGCAAAGCUUGUUGCAUGCAUACUAUUCAGUGGUGUUGCAUAACUUUCCUCUGUUAGGCAAAGUGCUGCAAGAUUUCAUUGCUGUGUUUUUCCCAGUUAUCCAUUGGUUGAUUCCUAGCCUGGUGUGGUUAAUACAGGCACUUAGAAGUAACUGGAGGGCUACAGCAGACUGCCAGCUCAAAUUUUAGCCAAAGAGUUUUGGCGCUGACUACAGGCUGCUCCAACUGGGGCUUCAGUAACCCUUGGUGCUGAUUACCUGGCUGGCUGUUGUACAGCCUUGGCCAUGCAUAGUAACAUUUAGUCUUCUAUCAACAGUCCCUGUUUGCCAUGUGCUUUAAUCCUUUGUUUUCUGCCUCGAGCAUCGAAAGCCUUAACAAACUUGCAGUUAUAUGAAGCUUUACUUACUUUUGAUCUGGCUGUAUCCCUCACAAUCUCAUUUCAGUUACUUUAAAGGUCUUGAGAUUCACUUGUGAGCACUCCUCUACCUGACUACAUGAUCAGCAGUAACUUCAGUUGCCACUAAGACAAGCAGUGAGCAGAUGAUAUGGUGAGAGACACACAAAUGACUAUUUGCAUUUGUGAUGCAUUUGCAAGCACCUCUACUUUAGAAGGCUGACAGCUUCAUGUUCAAUUUUGUCCUACUUUCAUUUCAUGAGUACAUGAAGGAGGAACAUAUUUCGAUGUUUAGUCAAAAGGCAGAAUGGUUCAGCAUGCAUUUUUCAGGUUUGCCACAUCACAAACAUGGUGCCAAAAACAGAUGUGCGGGGGUGGGAAAGAACACCUAUUUUUUUGACCAGCUGUUAAUACCGCAAUUUUUUAUAUCACUUUGACACAACUUUUAAAAUGCUGUUUUGUGUCGGAUGGAGCCACUCUUUUGUUGUGCAGAUUUUCAAAACCUGAACUUCAUAAAAAAAAAAUGUCGAAAAUUUAGAGGUGAAUUGGUUGUAUGGAUGUUGCACGUUUUGACUAACUGAAUAAACUGAGUAUUACUGUGA